AUGGCCAACAAGGAUAAUCUCACGCUUGACGACCUGGAGACUGAGUUGGCGCGCGAUAACAAGGUGAAACUCGCAGGCAUAGAUCUUUAUUCCUGGCUCCUGCUGACGCGCGCAGGCAUCCUCCGGGGCAAGUUGGUCUCCAAGAAGAAGUUCCUCUCCGUUGCCAAAGAUGGCUUUGGCUUCUGCAGCGUGGUGUUCGGCUGGGAUAUGCACGACCUGACCUACUUCCGCGAACUGAAGAUUAGCAACAAAGAGAAUGGAUACAGGGACCUGGUUGCAAAGAUUGAUCUCUCGAGCUUCCGCCGCAUACCCUGGGAGGGCGGUGUCCCGUUCUUCCUGGUCAGCUUCUACGACCCAGAUACAGAUAAGCCAAUCUCUGCAUGUCCGCGGAGUGUCUUGCGCACUACAGUUGGAAAGUUACACAAGGCAGGCUAUGGGGCCAUGGCUGGUGCCGAGUACGAGUUCUUCACAUACCGGGCACCAAAAGACGAGACCAUUCAGACCAGUCACAACUCCUCUUCCACGACAGCCCCCUUCCUACAGAAUAACCCGGUCAACGCCUUGCAGCAUCUAACCCUGGGUAUGUUCGGUUACUCCUUGACCGACCCUAUACACAACCAAGACUGGUUCUACAGCGUCUUUGAAACAUGCGAGCAAUUCAAAUGCAACGUCGAGGGCUGGCACACAGAGUCGGGUCCUGGUGUCUUCGAAGCAGCCCUGGAGUUCGGAGAGGUCACCGAAAUGGCGGAUCGAGCAAGUCUGUUCAAAUACGUGGUUAAAGCAAUGGGAAGCAAGCACGGCAUCACACCCACAUUCAUGGCGAAGCCAAAGCAAGGACUACCGGGCAACAGUGGGCAUAUGCACUGCUCAAUUGUCGACAAGUCAGGAAAGAACUUGUUCUACCGAGGCGAGAAAGACCCCAACCCACCAUACAAGGACCUGGAGUAUGUGUCGGACCUAGGCCGACAUUUCCUUGCGGGACUCUUGGAUGGUCUCGCAGACGUCAUGCCUAUCAUCGCGCCUACGGUCAAUUCCUACAAGCGGCUGGUGGAAAAUUUCUGGGCCCCCGUCACAGUGUCCUGGGGCCUGGAGCAUAGAGCAGCAUCCAUUCGUCUAAUCGCUCCUCCAGUAGCUUCAGCCAAGGCGACGAGGUUCGAGAUCAGGGUCUGCGGUGCGGAUGCCAAUGCAUCUCUGGUACUUGCAACCAUUGUUGGCCUCGGUUGGAGAGGUAUCGAAAAGAAGCUGGAGAUCAAGCUACCACCACUCGGAAAGGGUGAAGAAGUCGGAAGUGUCGCUGACAAAGGCGAGAGAUUGCCCAAGAACCUCAAAGACAGCACGGCACGAUUCAUGGCCAAAGGCAGCGUCGCUCGGGAAAUAUUCGGGGACGAUUUCGUCGAGCAUUACGGCGGGACACGAGAGCACGAGUUACGACUAUGGGACGAGGCAGUCACGGAUUGGGAGGUAAGGAGGUAUAUCGAGACCGUUUGA